AUGGCUCUUCCAAAGCUAAGUAACGAGACAUCUCUGCAGAUGAAGACAGCUGGGAAAGAACAGUUGACUGAGAAAAACAAUGGCUUUCUCCACAAUAUGGACAUGGCCGAAGGUGCAAUGCAGAAUUUACUAAGGGAAUUUACCAAAAUGGACCACAUCUUGGACAGAUCAGAUGAUGGGGACAGCAUUUUCUCCAAAAAGCCUCAAACUGGCUUCCUUCACAGGAAUACAUUGGAGCUGGAGGCUGAGCAUCGUCAGGAUGAUGAACAGAAUGAACAGAAUGAGCAAGAAACAAAUCAGGUUCAACAUGAGGAUCCUCACGUAUCCACAUCUUUGCAGUUCUCAGAGGGGAACAUCCCUGAACUGAGUCAGGAGAACAUGUUCUUCCAGCUAAACCACUGGAAUACACAGAUGGGACUACAAGUGAAAGAACUUAGAGCUGAUCACACAGACUGGAUAGAGAAAAUUAAUAAUAUUGUACAAAAAAUAAACCUAACAGAGAACACAGUGAAGAGCUUACUAAAUGAGGUGGUGUCCUUGGAGGGCCAAAUUGAAAAGCUGGAGUCACACCAGGACCUUGACCCUGAUCAGGGGGCAAACAUUGAGGUAAAUGUUUGUAAUGAAGCUCAUGAAUUAAAGGAGAAAUUCAUUGCAAGAAUAAAGAACUUUUGCAAAGACAUGACUCUGCUGAACACAAAGCUGGGGAUGUACCAAAAGCAAGAAGAGAAACUAGACUCUCAGAGUCCUGAAGAAAUGGGUAUGGAAGGAAGUGAGCCCCUGCUUCCUCAGGUGGCACCAGCCCCAUUAUUGCAGAACACUGCUCCUGGCAUUACAAUGUGGAAGCGUGCACUGAGGAUUUUCAUCAUAUUUUAUGUCCUCACCUUCACUGGACUUUCAUGUUACAUACUAUUUUUCGAUGCUACAUUUAUCUUUGAAAGCUUACUCCCCGCAAUGCUCGGUCGCCGCAGAAUGUGGGAACUACGGGAGAUCAUUGAGCCUUUCUUGAACUUGGAGGUGGAAGACUUGUUACCCUCCUAA